AUGGUGAAGCUUGCAUCGGCAAGGGACUUUCGUACCUACGGCCCGGGCCUAACCAAAAACCGCUACGAAUACAUUAAUGCGGGCCUCUAUCUCAUUGCCUCUGUUGUCCUUGUUUCUGGUUUCGCGGCUCAACUUUCUUCCCAGGCCCGAUGGCCCCUGCUCCUUAUCGUCACCGCUUUGGCCAUCUUUCUUCUCGUCAAUCUCCAUGACCUUAUGGCCCAUCUCGCCGGCAUCGAUUUCCGGUUACCCUUGAUGGCCUUUGACCUUCAACUCGCUUUUGUCGAGUUCGCUGUUCCUCUGCUUCAGAUUCUCGGAACGCUUCUUCCCUUUCUAGCUGUUUUGUUCCUUUUUAUUCAGGAAGAGAAAGGACAUGGUUACUUCAAAUUGGAAAAGCAUGCUCUGAACAUGCUGGUGGCUGGUCCUGUAUUGUGGCUGAUAGGAUCAAUUCAUAAUUCAUGCCAAAUUUACGAGAGAGCCGAUGGCCACGUUCAAAUCUUGCAGCAGUGUGUGUAUAUUCCUCUUUUGUUGGGUAGUUUGUCAUUCAUGCUUGGUGCAAUUCUCAAUUAUCACGAGCAAUCUAGGGAGAUCCACCAUGGCAUCCACUUGCUUGGUAGGACUUGGAUCUGGCUAGGCAUCUUCGGAAGCACAAUGUUCUUGGUUGGUGGGUUGACAAACUUAAUCAAAGUGUUCAAGAUGCAACAAAUGAAUGGAAUGAGGCUAGAGAAACUAAGAGGUGGAGCACAUGAGCGAUUGGUGAGUGCAAGGGAAGGACAGGUUCCCCUCAUUAUGGAACAUCAAAAGAUGAUAACUCAUCAACCUCAAGAAACCAAAGUUACUUUACCUCCUCCCACUCCUUAUAAGGAUGUCCUCAUUGGUCAGACUAAAUCAUGA